UCGUGUUUAGUAAUACUUCGAACGCUAGACGAUCUCCACAUGUGGGGAGAGUGCUGUGCCCGACGAUCGCAGCAGCAGCAAAUCAGCGUUUUCUGUUAGUUUCCCACACUUUUCCGAUCGUCAACUCUUUAAUACUUGAUUUGCUAAUUUUCGUGUGUGUUUUAAGCGGGGAGAGACAGAGGCAAUUAGAUAGAGUGCGACAUAAAUACGUUGCGGAUAGGACCAAAGGACCCAGCGAGGAUGUUACCCAGAGAUCUAAGGCAUCUCUCGGGUCUUCUGGGCGUCGUUUAUCUGUUGGGCAGCCUGGUUUCCGUUACCUUGGCGGAUGGAAAGAUCUGCAACACAACGCUAUGCGACUGCAAAGGAAUCAAGGGACGCAUGGGCGCCCCAGGACCCAUCGGAGUUCCCGGCUUGGAAGGACCUGCCGGUGAUAUAGGACCACCUGGACGAGCAGGACCACUCGGCGAGAAGGGAGAUGUCGGCGAGUAUGGCGAACAAGGCGAGAAAGGACAUCGCGGCGAUAUCGGACCUAAAGGUGAAAUGGGUUACCCUGGAAUUAUGGGUAAAAGCGGUGAGCCCGGAACACCUGGACCACGUGGAAUCGAUGGCUGCGACGGACGGCCUGGUAUGCAGGGUCCCAGCGGAGCACCUGGCCAGAACGGAGUUCGCGGUCCGCCGGGAAAGCCCGGUCAGCAGGGUCCACCUGGAGAGGCUGGCGAGGGCGGCAUCAACUCCAAGGGCACCAAGGGCAAUCGGGGCGAGACUGGACAGCCUGGCGGUGUGGGACCGCCCGGAUUCGAUGGCGAUCGCGGUAGCAAGGGUGACACUGGAUAUGCUGGCCUAACUGGCGAGAAGGGAGAUCCAGGACUGCCUGGACCCAAGGGUGACACUGGCGCCGUUUCGGAGCUGCCAUACUCACUGAUUGGACCACCUGGCGCCAAGGGUGAGCCAGGUGACAGCCUAUCCGGAGUGCUGAAGCCAGACGACACCUUGAAGGGUUACAAGGGAUAUGUGGGACUCCAGGGUGAUGAGGGGCCACAGGGACCGACCGGCGAACAAGGCGCCGUUGGACGUAAUGGAUUGCCCGGUGCAAGAGGUGAGAUCGGUGGACCCGGAGAGCGCGGCAAGCCCGGUAAGGAUGGUGAACCCGGUCGAUUCGGAGACAAGGGCAUGAAGGGUGCGCCCGGCUGGACUGGAGCUGAUGGAUUGGACGGAAGCCCAGGAGAGCGUGGAGAGGAUGGAUUCACCGGCAUGCCCGGUGUUCAAGGCGGCGCUGGUCCCCCAGGAAUUUACGAUCCUAGCCUCACGAAAUCGCUGCCCGGCCCGAUUGGAUCGCAGGGAGACAUCGGACCGCCCGGAGAACAAGGUCCACCAGGUCUGCCCGGCAAACCUGGACGCCGCGGACCCAUCGGUCUAGCUGGUCAGUCAGGAGAUCCCGGCUUAAACGGCAGUCGCGGACCGCCUGGUCGUAGUGAGCGCGGUGAGGCCGGAGACUAUGGAUUCAUUGGACCACCGGGACCGCAGGGUCCCCCUGGCGAAGCUGGUCUACCCGGCCGAUACGGACUGCACGGAGAACCUGGACAAAAUGUGGUCGGACCGAAGGGCGAGCCUGGCCUAAAUGGACAACCUGGUUUGGAGGGCUACCGCGGUGAUCGCGGAGAGGUCGGUUUGCCCGGUGACAAGGGUCUGCCCGGCGAGGGCUACAACAUCGUUGGUCCUCCUGGUUCCCAGGGACCGCCCGGUUUCCGUGGACUUCCCGGUGACGAUGGUUAUAACGGACUACGUGGACUGCCCGGUGAGAAGGGAUUGCGCGGUGACGACUGCCCCGUGUGCAAUGCCGGACCCCGUGGACCCCGUGGCCAGGAGGGCGACACCGGCUACCCGGGUAGCCAUGGAAACCGUGGAGCUAUCGGCCUCACUGGACCGCGUGGCGUACAGGGCUUGCAAGGUAACCCCGGACGGGCUGGUCACAAAGGUCUGCCCGGUCCAGCGGGUAUUCCCGGCGAGCCAGGCAAAGUUGGAGCAGCCGGACCCGAUGGAAAGGCGAUCGAAGUGGGCUCCUUAAGGAAAGGCGAAAUCGGUGACACCGGCGACAGUGGACAUCGCGGAGAUACGGGUGACGACGGUGAAAAGGGUCGGGAUGGAUCCGAUGGUAGCAAAGGUGAGCGCGGAGAAACCGGACAACGCGGUGACUACGGCGAUGCCGGUUACCAAGGACGCGAUGGUGAACCAGGACGCGAUGGUCGUGAUGGAGCUCCCGGUAGAAACGCCACCACUCCCAAGGUCUACUUGAUCGGCGAGCCGGGAUAUGACGGAAUAAAGGGCGAGCGCGGCGAUGAUGGUGAUACCGGUUUCAAGGGCGUCAAGGGUGAGCCGAAUCCCGGUCAGAUCUACGACAACACUGGUGAGCCUGGCGAGGAUGGUUAUACCGGACCGAAGGGCGUUAAGGGAGCCAAGGGCGAGCAAGGAGCUAUUGGACUUCGUGGCGAAAUUGGUGACCGUGGCCCGGCUGGCGAAGUUAUUCCCGGACCCGUGGGUGCCAAGGGUUAUCCCGGCCCAACUGGCGAUUACGGACAGCAGGGAGCUCCCGGACUGCCUGGUCGCGAUGGUGAACCUGGUUUGGAUGGAGGCAUUGGAUACAAGGGACAACGCGGUGUACCUGGUCAGGAGGUGAUUCAGGGCGAGAUUGGGCCACCGGGUCGAUCAGGCAUUAAGGGCUUCCCCGGUGAUGUCGGCGCACCCGGCCAAUACGGACUCGCCGGACGCCCAGGACCGAAGGGUGUGAAGGGCGAGCAAGGACCCGAUGGCGCAGUUGGACAAACAGGACUGCCUGGCAACAAGGGCCAGCGCGGUGACUUCCUGGUUGGUCCGCCCGGACCAAAGGGUCAGCCCGGACGCAAUGGUCGCCAGGCACCGCACGGCGCCAAGGGGCAGAAGGGAGAGGUUGGCUCGCUGGGCCAGAAUGGACAGAACGGCGCCAAGGGCAGCAUCGGUUUCUCUGGCCGUCGUGGACUCCUCGGCAAUGCGGGUCUGCAGGGAUUGCCUGGUAGUCCUGGCAUACCCGGUCUUCCAGGAAUGAUUGGCGAGAUCGGAGAGCGUGGUGAGAUUGGAUACAAUGGACGGCAGGGUGACAUCGGUCCUCGUGGUCCCAACGGCGAGUUCGGACCUAAAGGUCUCUCUGGUGAUGAUGGACCGGAUGGCUAUCCCGGAGCUAACGGCCUUCCCGGACGCAAGGGUGAGACAGGAAAUCCUGGAUUCCCAGGACGUCCAGGCGCGAAGGGCGUGGCCGCCUACAGUGGCAUAAAGGGUGAUGACGGAGAAUCCGGCUUGACCGGACCCAUCGGAUACCCCGGAGCUCCCGGAGCGAAGGGACAGCGUGGACCCGUUGGAGAUUCGCAACCAGCUCUCGAUGGAGUUGCUGGACGCAAGGGAGAAGUAGGCAGUCCGGGACCCAAUGGACUUCCCGGUCGCCAUGGACUGAAGGGACAGCGAGGAGAUCGCGGUCUCCCCGGCCAACAGGGUAGACCAGGAGAGCCAGGAGCCAAGGGAUUGGGCGGCUAUCCUGGACGCAAUGGAAUUAAUGGCCUGAAGGGCGCCACUGGUUUUCCUGGACCCCAGGGACCCAAAGGUCCUCAGGGCGAGAGCGGAGUUGUGGGCUUGGAUGGUCGAAAUGGUCAGAUUGGUGAUCAAGGACCACGCGGAUUGAUUGGUGAGCAGGGAGAGCAGGGUGAGCAGGGUGACGAAGGUGAAGUCGGUAUUCCGGGUCGCUUGGAGAACCUGCGGGAUCGGAGCUUCUAUCGCGGCUUCACCGGAGAUCAAGGUCUACAGGGUGAACGUGGCGAGCAGGGUGAUAUGGGACCAAUUGGAUUUAUUGGACCUCCCGGCGCCAAGGGCGAACGCGGUGACAUUGGCUAUGCUGGACAACUUGGAUUCGAUGGAGCUGAAGGCCUUAAGGGCUUCCAGGGUGACCAAGGACCACGAGGUCCUCCGGGCAUAACAUUGCCCGCCGAGAAGGGUGACGAAGGCGUUGCUGGACUCGAUGGACGAGCAGGACGUCCGGGACACUUUGGCCAGAAGGGAGCACCCGGACCACCGGGAGAGAAUGGACCCAACGGUGCGAUCGGACACCGUGGACCCCAAAUCCAGGGGCCACCUGGACCUCAGGGAGAUGUCGGCUUUCCCGGAGCACCGGGACACAAUGGUCGUCAUGGACUAAUCGGACCAAAGGGAGAGCUUGGCGACAUGGGUCGCCAGGGUGAGCGCGGUGAAUCUGGAUAUGCCAUUGUCGGCAGGCAGGGCGACAUCGGAGAUAUCGGCUUCCAGGGCGAACCUGGCUGGGAUGGCGCCAAGGGCGAGCAAGGAUAUCCCGGACUUCCGGGUAAGAACGGAAGGGUGGGUGCCCCAGGACCACGGGGACCCACUGGCGACGCCGGCUGGGGUGGAAUCGAUGGCAUGGACGGACUCGUUGGCCCCAAGGGUCAACCAGGUGUAACAUACUCCUACUCCAUGGCCCGACCCGGAGAUCGUGGUGAGCCCGGACUUGAUGGGUUCCAGGGCGAGGAAGGCGAUGGUGGAGCACCAGGACUUAUUGGAUUCCAAGGACAGAGAGGUGCCGUCGGAUAUCGCGGUGACCAGGGCGAGGUGGGCUACACCGGAGCCGAUGGACCGCAGGGACAACGUGGUGACAAGGGUUAUAUGGGCUUGACCGGAGCACCCGGCUUGCGUGGUCUGCCCGGACCACAAGGUGAACCAGCGCCAGCACCGCCGGCACCCAAGAGCCGCGGAUUCAUCUUCGCCCGCCACUCGCAGUCCGUCCACGUACCUCAGUGUCCGGCCAACACGAAUCUGCUAUGGGAGGGCUACUCACUGUCGGGCAACGUGGCCGCCAGCAGAGCGGUGGGUCAGGAUCUCGGUCAGUCCGGCUCCUGUAUGAUGCGGUUUACAACCAUGCCGUACAUGCUGUGCGACAUCACCAACGUCUGCCACUUUGCCCAGAACAACGAUGACAGUCUCUGGCUGUCCACCGCCGAACCCAUGCCAAUGACCAUGACGCCCAUCCAGGGCAGGGACCUCAUGAAGUACAUUUCGCGUUGCGUUGUGUGCGAAACGACGACCAGGAUCAUCGCCCUCCACUCGCAAUCCAUGUCCAUUCCGGACUGUCCAGGCGGCUGGGAGGAGAUGUGGACCGGCUACAGUUACUUCAUGAGCACCUUGGACAACGUCGGUGGCGUUGGGCAGAACCUCGUCUCCCCGGGCUCUUGCUUGGAGGAGUUCCGCGCCCAGCCGGUGAUCGAGUGCCAUGGCCAUGGACGCUGCAACUACUACGAUGCGCUGGCCUCCUUCUGGUUAACCGUCAUCGAGGAGCAGGAUCAGUUCGUCCAGCCGCGCCAGCAGACGCUAAAGGCGGAUUUUACCAGCAAGAUAAGCAGGUGCACGGUUUGCCGUCGUCGAGGCAACAGCUUUGUGGCUCGCACUGCAAAGUCCAGGGCAGAUGCGUCUUCCGGUUUCACAGAUGGUUCUGCCUCGAGUAAUCCUUCGGGCAGUUUGAAAACAGAUGGCAAUUACAGGGCAAACUGGCAAUCCGGCCGGUCUUCCAGUCCUGGCUCUCAGUCCAGUCCUGGUUCCAGCUCCGGAUCCUGGUCAUCUGGAUCCAAUGCCGGAGCUUAUCCUGGCUCCAAUGCCGGAGCUUAUUCUGGCUCCAAUGCCGGAGCUUAUCCUGGCUCCAAUGCCGGAGCUUAUCCUGGCUCCAACGCCGCCUGGCAAUCGAGGACCAAUGCUGGAUCCAGCUGGCAUUCCGGACCCGUAGCAGGAUCGGUCUCCAAUCCGGGAUCGUACUCUAGCUGGUCCACGGGCUCCAGUCCUGGUUCCAAUCCCGAAUCUAACGCCGGGUCCACGCGCUCCUCUUGGAUCACGCGCAGUCGCGGCCCAUCAAACUAUCUGAACGGAAGGUACCAGCAAAGGGUUCACCCGAGCAACCUGCAGGCCUACGAUGAGUAUGCUCGCCAUGGUGGCAAUACCCGCCAGUACAACCGACGCCCACGCGAGGACACCACCGCCCCCUAGAUUGCAGUUCGAACUAAGUAGCAGUUAAAUAUACGUCUUAAGUAAUUUGCUAUCCUAUCCAGGAAACGAGAUAACGAUCCAAACCCCAACUCGAGUACCAAACAAACAAAACUUUAACCACAGAACAGUGCCAUUUUCCGUGGAGAUGUAAUCUAAUUACGUGGACACCAAAAACUAAAACCAUAUGACACAUAUGCCACAUACCAAAUAUAAUUAUGGAAUUAUGGAAGAGGGGUCGAGAAGAGUAACCACUGCCUCCACUGCAACGAAAGUAAAUCUUGUGCCCCUGUUGGGAUUAUUGUAAACGUAACACAACCAAAAAGAAAGCCCAGUUUUUUGAUAAAUAAAAUGUACAACACAUAAAACG